UCCCGCGCCCCGCGGCACGCGCGGUGGCGUCACCUCCGGGCGGCGGCGGCAGCGGGAGCGGGAGCGGGGCGGCCUGGCCUGGCCUGGCGGGCGCGGCAGGCCUAACCGCCGUAUCAUUGGCGGGUUUUUCCUUAGUCCUGCCUCCCGAGCAGGAGCUCAUCACGGGAGGGAUUUUGCCCCCUCACGGUGUCGUUAUUGUGGCGAGAAGCCCGUCCCUGGAAAGGCGGGAGACGGUGCUCCAAGGGAGCCGGGCUCUGGAACCCGCCAUGGAUUACCUCUCCAAGCCCGGGCUCCUCAGUGUCAUCGCUGGAGUUGCCUGCGGGGUGUGCCUGGGAUGGGGCAUCCGAGGGAGGCUCCUCAGGCAGCCCAAAGCUGGGGUGAUGGCACUUCCCAACAGCCUGGGGAGCGAAGCUGACACCAUGGGGGAGUCUGGGGAGUUCAAGAUGGUGCUGAUUGUCCGCAAUGACUUGAAGAUGGGGAAGGGUAAAGUAGCAGCACAGUGUUCCCACGCGGCUGUUUCUGCCUACAAGCAAGUGCAGAGAAGAAAUCCUGAACUCCUGAAGCAGUGGGAAUACUGUGGGCAACCUAAAGUGGUCCUCAAAGCUCCCGAUGAAGAGACUCUGAUCCAACUCCUGGCUGAUGCUAAACACCUUGGACUGACUGUGAGCCUGAUCCAAGAUGCAGGUCGCACUCAGAUAGCUCCAGGCUCCCAGACAGUCCUUGGGAUUGGACCAGGACCAGCUGAUGUAGUAGAUAAAGUUUCUGGUCACCUGAAACUCUUCUAAACCAGGGACCAAAGGAAUCUAAAUGCAUUAGUGUAUGUCAUUACUGAAGGGAUAAAACCCAAGUUUGGGAUAUUUCCAUAUGUUCUCUCAGUAUAAAUAAAAUAACCAGGUUUUAUAAGAGA